CUGAGAACCACAACUACAUAUUCGUCAUGGAGUUUAUCAAAUAAAUCUUCACAAUAGCCGGGACAGUUUGUACGUCGUCGUUUUGAGACCAUUUCUAAUAGUUUACUGUAUACAUGUUUGGUGUUUCAGAAUUUAACGCCGCAUAAGGUAAAAUAAACGUUUGGCAGCUAGUAAGUUGUUUGUUAACAAAAUAACUGGAUUUCUAGAGUGGUUGUUUGUUUUUUGUGCUUUUUUUUUUUAACAACCGCACCCUCUGGGUAAAUCAACUUGGACUGGAAACUUGAAAUUGAAACGUUUAUAGUAGUUUCGUUUCUCAAGUAUUGCCCACUAGCUGUGGUUAAUUUGCGCUCUGUUUGUAAGCGAAAGCGAGUAAAUAGUCAAAGUCAGCAUUUAGAGGGAAGCACUGAAACCAGACACGCCCACUUGCCAACCUGGAACCUUGUAGCACAGAUGAUACAGAAGGCCUUUAACAUCACAAUAAAAUGUCAAGUAGCCUCAAGCAACGCUUCACCUCUGAGGUGAAAGAAUUCAUUCCGCUUGGUACACCACGGCGCCAAAGUUUAAAUGGCACAUCCCAUCCUAUAUCACGUAGAGCACGUCUUGAACCUCUUGAGAAGUCGCCAAAACUUUUAAGUUCACUGGAUAAACGUGUGCUGCCAAUCAAAAGCCCUGAGCUGAAGCAGAGGGACAAGUCCACUGCAUCCUCCAACAAGAGCUCUAGGACAGAACAGGACAGCAGUGUUGCUGUGAGAAGACUACAACCAAACAAUGGAAACAUUCACUCCUUUAUGGAUAGGCCCCUCAAUCCAAUAGUUAAAAAGGAGGUGAAAAGGACCAGUUCUUACAACAGAGCCAGAGAAGAUUCUAUAGCUCUCAGCAAGGAGCUAAAUGAAAACCUGAGGGUCGGAGGAGGUAUGUAUCAUUUAGAUUGUGCUACAACAUUUCGGAGGCAUUCUGUUCCUCAGUCAUCUCAUUCCAGGCCUAAACUUGAGAACUGUAGUGCCAACUCAUUCAAGCAAAGGCGUAAAAGUUCAGUUAGCACAGGGGAGCGAUACGUCCACCGCCCUGAUCAGAGGAAAGAUAGACAGGAGAAUAGAGACGGCAACGCAUUUAGCAACAUGUCCUCACAGAAGGAAUUAAGCACCCCUCACCGGAAUACUACCACGGAGGGCAGGCUGUCCCUUUCUGCAAAGAGAAAAAGGGAGGCUAGCACAGGCAGUGAGAGGGAAAUUAAACAGCCGAGUCUAGAUAUCCUGCUCACACCCAGCUCUUCAAGUAUAAACUCACCACCAAAAUUUGUCAGAUGUGCCUUCUUGAACUGCAGCAGUGAUUCUGUGCUAACUAUAAAGGAGAAACAAUCCCCUAAUCCCACAUCAGACACCAACAAACCAAGACCUCCAUCCUCCCUCCCCAGGCAGCUGUUUAAACCUUGUAAGGAGCCUAGCAGUAAGUCAAACACAGAGAGCGGCAAACCACACUCAUUUCAGUUCACUAAAUUCCCCCUAACUGGAGAGCCUAAAGAUGCUAUGUUGGCACAUGCUAACAAAAGUCUCAGAUCUCCACCUAGCCAACCGUAUUUUUGCAAAAUCUCUCCAAAGUCAAGCACAAUGUUUGACAAAAAGUAUGGAGAAAGAGAAGGUUGUACUAUCUCCACACUCACAAGCUCCUCAUCCAGCCACAAGGAGAGCACUAAAAAUCGCUCACCCCCCCAUCAGCCCAAACUAGGAACACCCUGCUUUGCUGAGCAAGCCAGUUCAUGUAAGAUGGAACCGGAUGAAAGAAUUCCAUUGCAAGUGGAGCAAUCACGCUGCCUCAAGGCUAACAUGUCUGCCCCAGCUGUAUCUGUAAAAGUAGAAGGAUCAGCAGAAAAGAAGUGCUGCCCCCAGUGGAAAGAUCCCUUAGAUAUUGAGCUGGAAGAUGACUCGGGAGAUGAUCUGAGAGAAAGCUGUGCUAUCAGCCUGAGCAGCAGCAGCAGUGGUCAUGACAAGGAUCAAUUGCCCUCCCUGAGGGAGAUCAUGGAUUGGAGUGUCCGUGUGCCUGUUACCCCUGAGAAAGAUGCUUUUUCUGAGCCCAUGACACCAGUCCCAAAAACAGCACCCGAGGCAGUGAAAACCAAAGCAGUUAGUUAUAGAAAUACACUGGAACAGAUGCUGCAAGAGAAGGAACAAUAUCAAAGGUCAAAAGAGCUGGAGAGGCAGUUACUUGCAUCUUGUGAAGAGGACCUGCUGAAUUUCAAUGAGGAUGAGAACAGUGAAAGUAAAGAGGAAGAAAUUUCACAUGAGCAAAGGGAAUUUUUGCAAAGGUACUCUGUUGCCUCAUGUGCCAUCAAGGACAUCCACCCAGGAGAGGAAGUGUUCACACCUGCUAUGUUUGGCCGACUCUUCAGUCAUCAGACUCUGGACCUGAGGAAGAUUAAUGUGACUCCACUCAACAGAUCACAAAAAAUCCUCCUGCAGGCCAGUUCUGAGAAAGUGUUGUGUCUGAUCAGUGCAGGCUUGUUGAGGAAAGCCUACUGUUCUUUCCCUUGUCAGCCUGAGGUUACACGCUGGCUUUUUCAGAUGAUGUCAGUUGACCCAAACCCCAUCACUUCUUCACGGAUCCUACAGUCUUUGCAAACCAUCGCUCUGUCUUCAGCUGAACACAUAGUGGAAAACCAGAGCCGAAAGUUUAAAGUGUGGGUGCCCACUGUACAGGAUAUUGCAACAGUGUUCCUUAACAUGGGAGCAUCAUUCAUCAGUCUCUUCCCUCUGGAGGCCCUGCAACCCCCUUUUACUGAAGGAGACCUUUUAGAGAACUUUCAGGUGGAAGAGACCAGCCAAGAAAGACUGAUUUCUGAUUUGAAAGACUAUGCCACUUUACCAGUGCAUAAUUUGGAAAGUGUUAUCAAGUACCUGUCCCUGUGCACUGCGCUGUGUCCGAAAGCGUACACUGAUGAGGAGUUGCUGUUGCUUCUAACAGUGGCAUGUAGAAUCGCACUGGAGACUCAUUUCCAGUUGCUGCCAACUGGACACUUCAGCCUCCUCCUCCAGAACAUGCUUAAGAACAUCACACACUGGGAAGUACAGAUAUCUAAAGCUUGCCAGACCUUGACUGAUUUAUCGGAAGAUCAUCACAACCUUAGGCGGCUCGUUUAUCUUCUGCCAGAAAGCAAUCGUGGAAAGCAAUUAAAACGACACCUGAGUUUGUCUAUCAUCUCAAAGCUUUUGAAUCACACCUGCACCUACAAACCCUCAGGCACAGAUUUUAAGCUAGCUGAGCUGAAACCUUAUCUACCUCAAAUCCGUCCUUCAUCCCUGCUGAAAAGCCUCAGGUUUGCAAGAAGAGCAGAGGAUUGUGAUGCCACUCUAGACCAACAAGCAUAUUACCUCUGCUACAGCCUUUUGACGUUGACAAAUGAAGCCUCCAAUUUUGAGUUUUUACCCUCAAACCAAAGAAACGAUCUGCGCAGUCUUUCUUCUCAACUGGAGAAACACAUUAAAUGUGACAUUAGGGAGAGCGAGAAGAUGCUGUACAGGAGCAAGGUGAAAGACUUUGUGGCAAGGAUAUACACCAAGUGGCAGGUGCUUCUCACACGAUCAAGGCCUCAAGAGGGAAAGCUGUAUGAUUAUUGGAAGCCUCCACCAGAGGAUGAGGUGCCCAACAGUCCUAAGGGCCAGUCCUGCCUCACAGCACAAGACACUUCAGAGAGUGCGGAAGAAACUCCAACCACAGAGUCAAGUUGUACAGAGUCAGAUGAGGAUGAUGAGAGCAAAGAAGAUGAGGACUGGGCUAAAGAAUGUGAGGAACCUGAGAACACUGAGGAGAACAAGGCAUGCCAGAAUGAAGAAAGUGGGAAGGUAGAGAUGAAAAGUGAUGAGCAACAGCUGAUGGAGCUAGGUGAAGAAGAGGGACAGUUGGAAGAAACCCCUGAUGAAGAGCUGUUUAAAAGCGCUGAAGAGUUCAUGAAGAGUGAAGACGACGAAGAUCUCAUUAAUAGAGAGGAGGAGCUUUUUAAGGACGAAGAGCCACAUGAAGAAGACAGAAAGCACAUCGAAUCAAACAAUGAGCUAGAAGAACUUGAGGAUGGAGAGCUGUUAGAAAUUCAAGAGCAAAUGAAGGAUGAGAUUUGCGAGGAGAUGUCUGUAGACUCUUUUUGAGAGGAUUGUACACCGCACCUUUGGUAGCAUUAACACUCAUACUUGUUGUCAAAUGGUCUUUAACAACACUUAUGCAAUGCAUGUCAUUGUUGUUCAUAGGUCCUUAAUGUAAGUUUUGUCUUUACCAUUUGUGUCCUCCAAUUGUUUUUACAAGAUUCUUAUUUUAUAUAUCCACCGUCUUAAUGAAUGUUUGAACUGAAAAUAUUUUAAUGUACAUAUACUGCAAAGUCUUUGUUUCAAGGCUUUUCUAGACAUAUAAUUGGUGAAAACAUGUAUGUAGUCAUUGUGCACACUGAUAUAUCUCAGGAUCAGGGUGCCUGCUGUCUUUUUAUAUUUCUUGCCUGUUUCUGCAGUUUGAAAACUAUCUGGGGCAUCUUUAUCCAGAAACACCAUAUGUGAUUCUGUUUAGCAUUUAUUAAUAUUACUUUUUUAAUUCACAAAACAAAGGCUUAAUUAAUUCAGAUUAACUCAGAAUUUUGCAGUGUAAGUGAUUUAAAAUUAAUUCUAUAUUUCUUUAAAAUAUAUUAAAUAUAUUUUGGUAAAUUGUUUGAAAAUAAAUACUUGU